CCGAAGCAACAAGAAGAGAUCGGUCGUGACGUUAGUCGGUGGCUUGUUUUUGUUUUUGUUUUCAAUAUUUCAAAUGUACAACGUACUAACGAAAGUACCUAAAGUAUUGCAGAAUAUACGACAUAUUUAUUUAGAAAUUUAAAAACUGUGUCAUAGCGUUCACAAAAUCGAGAUGCGUCUAACAAAAUUGGCAAUAUGGCAAUUUGUGUUGAUAUUUGCCGCUUCUUUUCUGAAUUUGGUUGAGUGUAAAUCUUUUUUCGGCAUCGGUAGACGCAUUAUUCAUGACGAGUUAAUAGUAAAAGAUGUUCUUCAAGCACGCGUGGUCGGAGUGGACAAGGGUCCAGUAGUUGGCUUCAACUAUGCUAUUCCAGAGCCAAUAACUUACAUCGAAAUUACCUCGGAACAAAACGUUCUAGCAGAGGUGAACUUCAGUUAUCAGAAUGACUUGGUGAAAGGGAAUAUUAUUGCGAUCGAUGAUGACAACAUCACAAAUACAAAUGAUGACUUCGAGCUAUUUGAAGUGCAGAUAUCAAUCUAUGGAUUCAAAGAGCCAUCACUCAAUAUGAAUCCAUCGAUUUUUCUCAAUAGAGAUCAGCAAUUUCAAGGCAUACUUGAGCCGGACUCUAGCAGUGAAUUCGAGUACGAAAUUGAAGGUAAUGAAUUCGAAGAUGCGGAAGUGAAAAAUGGAAGUGAUGAAACCACAGCUGCGUUGGAUGACGAUGAGGAAUAUUUUGAAGACUUUGGUGAUGCUGAUAAAGUAAUCGAACAGGGAAUGCAUCAGAAAGAUGAUUAUUUAUUGUAUCAAACUUAUCAGAAUUCGCAAACUUCUACAGAGGAACCGUCAAAUCAUACCGUUAUAUUUUACUACAUUGACAGUAAUUUCAUAACCUAUGUGAGAUUUAUAAUAUUCGAUCACACUGUCGACACGGCAUCAGAAGAUUACAAUCCACCUGUAGCGGAAUAUUCCCACUUCUCCCCGAAUAGUCUCAAAGCUGUAAUUACGGACAGCAAUACUACUAACCUAUUUGUGCAGAUGCUAAUCUAUGGUUAUCGGCCGGAUGAUCUUCCAGACGACUACACACCAUUUUUAAUCAGCAGCUAUAAUACCGAGAUGACAGCAUCAUCGAGUGCUUUAGAACGUUUGAAAAUGUUAAUGAUUGCCAAAACUCAGAAUAGUUAUGAAAAUUCAGGGGAGAUAAAUUUUGAAACGGGUGAAAGAAAUGAACCGUCGACCAAUAGUACCACAACGGAUGCGUCAACUAGGCAUCACUCAAAUGGGUUUGCAGUAUUCAACAUCAUCAUAAUAUAUUUCUUAACAUUCUUUUAAAUUUGUUUGAAUGCAUGAUUUAUAAAUUAUUUAUUACCUAUGUCUAUUAUUAUCGUAAUGAAAUGAUCUUACGGUCCAUUGUAUUUACUUCUGUUACUAAAAUGAAUUAAUUUGCGUCCACGCUUUAUAAAAAAUGCAGUACAACAAAAAAGAUAGUAUUUAAAAAUAAAAUGAUUGCUCAUUUGA